AUGUCCACCAUAGAGAGCCAGCCUCGAACAUCCACUCUUGUCAUAGGGGGAGGGCCCGCUGGCCUGGUAGGUCUCAAGUACGCCGUCCAGUACGGCACCGCCUGGGCCCAGGGGGAGCGGCCUUAUCUGGUAGAGAUGGAGCCGGAGAUCGGGGGUACUUUCAGAUGGAGAGGAUACGAGAACGCAGAGCUGGUCAGCUCCAAGCAACUGACAUGUUUCUCCGAUUUCAGGUAUCCAUUGGAAGCACCUGAUCACCCGUCGUUACCAAACUUUGUCCAAUACCUGAACGACUACGUUAAGCAUUUUGAUCUUGAGCAAUAUAUCCACACCUCCAUCAAGCUCAUCUCCUUGGAGCACACCGGCGACGACAUCUACAAGCACCGAGCUGUGCUUCAACCCCUUACACAGGACAAGCUUCCGAAGGGCGAACUUUUCACUAUCCUCGCCGAACGCGUCAUCAUCACUACCGGCCUACAUGUCAUCCCCAACAUCCCUGCAAUCCCCGGACUCAACGCCGUCCCCUGCACACCUGAACCUCCCAAGUGGAUCCAUUCGUCCGCUUACAAGUCUCGCAGUCAGCUCAAGGGAAAGAAGGUGCUUGUACUAGGAUGUGGAGAGACGGGAAUGGAUGUUGCAUAUGAGGCGAUCAUGGGUGGGACAGAGAAGGUGUGGUUGUCAGUGAGAUCAGGCAUGUUGUCUUUCCCCAAGGUGCUCAACAAUUUCCGGGUGUUUGGGACUACUUUCGAUGGCAAUCUCCCCAUCGACGGCCUCAUCACCAAUCUUUUUGAGACGGCCUACGUCCAUCCCUGGGUCUCCGCUUCCCAUGUACGCUGGUUCAUCUCCGACCUCGUCAUCAAGCGUGUCCUCUGGUUCCUCACUGGCACCCAGGCAGGCUGCAAUCAAUGGGCCGGGGAACUACCACCAGAACGUCAAGGCAGAGCUUACGUCUUUCUCAACAAGUCUGCCAAGGCUAUGCAAUUUAUCAACCAACCCUUCUACAAGCUCUCCCCUCUCCACCAGUACUUUGCGCAUUAUAUCGACCCUCCUUCUCCGCCGGGAAAUCCAAAGAUCGAUAUCGUCACUUUCCCCAAGGCGUUCGAUGACGAGGGACAAGCGAUUUUCCCACCACCUCCCCCACACAGAAGUAAAGAGACGGCUUGGAGAGAAGUGUGCAAGCCGGACCUGGUCGUGCUUUGUACUGGGUACACGCAAGAUUGGAGCUGGCUGGGCGAGGGGUACCCGAAGGGUCCGGAUGAGUGUGAGAUUAGAGGCGUCACGAGUGAGAAAGAUCUAAGUGUUGCGUUUAUCGGCUUUGUGAGGCCAGGUGUCGGCGCCAUCCCUCCCAUUGCAGAGAUGCAAGCACAGCUAUUUACUUCUCUGAACCAGGGGCGUAUUCCCAUCCCCACGUCGCCCGAAAACUACCACCUCCUUCACGCGCCCACCUCACGGAUCCAAUACGGUGUCGACCACUCGACCUACAUGUCGACACUGGCUGCUGAUCUGGGAAGUCAGCCCGGGCUGUUCACUCUAUGGUGGGAGUAUGGAUGGUUUGUCGUUUUCGUGUAUUGUUUCGGAGCAGCAUUUUCCACGUUCUACAGACUUGAGGGACCUUAUAAGACUGAGAGUGCAAAGGGGAUUGUUGAGACGGAGUUGUGGGAGACAAUCCGCAGACGGGGGCUUGUGGGCAAUAUCUUUAUGGGCGUGAUACCUAUGCUCUUCUACGCCUUGCUGAAUGGACUUGCAUUCGUCUUGGGCUUGGUGUGGGAUCUGGCCGCCCCUGUCUUUGGUCUUCCUCCCGCCCCCAUGGACUUGUUCCCUCAGAAGGAAGUCAUGAAAGCCAAGCAGAUGUAG